UGUCCAUUGUCAAUUCGAAAGCCCGAUAAUUGCAAAUCAAUGCUUCCAGUUUAUUUCUCAACCGUCGCUAUUCGUUCGUUGUAAUGUAAAUGUCGUACGCGUAAUUGCAUUAAUGCACUGUACGACGUUGAUCAUUUUAAUAAUUACAAAUGCUCAUAUUACGCUCGUCACGUCGUUAAUCAUUCGAAAAUGUCACAGUGUAAAUUUGUGUAUUUUAUAUACUUUAACUUAAAAUGAGCAGCAAGGUACGAGGAGAAAACCCAAGAAUCGAAAAAGAAGCUGGUAAAAGAGUGCAUAAAGAAAAGAGAGAGAAAAUAGAGAAAUGGUCAAGAAGGGAAAAGAGCAAGAAAGAGAAAGAAGGGACUGGAAAAGGUGAGAAAUGGAGGGACAACACAGAUGGAAGCAAGAGAAGUGCAAGAAAGGUUGACAGUAGACCAAGUUAUAGAAGAAAGAAGGAAGAGAAAAACAGAAGAGAGGGGGAGAAGGAUAAGGGAAUCCAAAUAUAACAGACAUUAUAGAAAAAUAACCAAAGAUGAGAUACCAAAGUACUUGGAAGGGAGGAUGAAGUGGAACGACAGGAAAAUUCUAGCCAGAUUCGGAUGUGGAAACAAGACCAGAGCGAGGGAAUAUUGGAAAGAAGAGGGAGAAAAAAGAUGCAGACUAUGUAAAAGGAAAGAAGAAGACCUGAGACGUGUAAUAGAAGAAUGUGAAAUAACGGGAGGACCAAAAGACAUGGAAAAAGCACUGAAUGAGACUAGAGAAAGGCUAAUGGAAUUAAAAGCAAUAAUAGAGAAGAGAAGGGCAAGGGCAAUACAAGACGGGGAGGAAAGACAAGAAGGUAGCGCAGCAAGGAGGCAAAAGACCAAAAGUGGCAAUAAUGUGUAGUCAUAAGUUGCAAUAGUUUUUAGUCAUUAGUUUUAGCUGUGAGAGAUAAGAAUAAGCUAAGGAAGUGCAAUACAAUAGAGUAGAUAAGAGGUAGAUAUAUAAGGAGCAAAAUAAGUGUAAGAAAUGUAAAUCGAAAGUUCGUCCAAAGCCGAAAGGCACGGACUAAAAUAAAUAAUAAUAAUAAUAUA